AUGUUAGAAAAGAAGAGUGAAUUUUUAUCUAAGUGCUUUAAUAUAUUUAAAAGAAAUUUUACGCCAAACAUAAGCUUAACAAGAUGUGAUGCACCGAAAAUGUGGAGAGUUGCAAUGGGUGGAGUUGAUCCUGCAACACCUCAAGCUGAAUCUUUUAUUAAUUUUCACAAUCAUACAGUAACUUAUAUGGUUUUUAUUAUGUUCACUGUUCUUUUGUCAUUAAAAAGAUAA